UAAGUCACGCUCCACAUGGCUUUAGGCCAAUAACAAGUGAAAACGAAACGUGGCCUGUAUUUACUCAACUGAAUUCGUAAAAACUCAUUGACUUGCUUCUACAACCAUGUGGUGAAUAGAAACGAGCCGAGGGAUGGGUACUUGUAGGGUUUUAUUGGGUGGAAAGGCCGUUAGAAUUUUAGCUGUGGUCUUUGUCGGCUUUUCUUUGAGAGCCGUUCAGUCUACAAGAGCCGGCUGCACUUAUCCCCUUGGGAUGAGCGAUGGCAGGAUACGUAACACCCAGCUAUCUGCAGAGUCGAGUGAUCUGGGGUGGGGCCCUGGAAAGGCCCGGCUGAAUGGUGCCUCUGCUUGGUGCAGUGACAGUGAAAAGCUAUGGACUACCUUCCUUCAAAUAAGGCUGGAUAAAGUUAGACAUGUGUCAGGGAUUAGUUCACAGGGCCAGAGCCAAUUAGUAAGGUCAUACUAUGUCCUAACAUAUGCCUUGAGGUAUAGCCUAGAUGGUAUUGACUGGCAUUGGUAUAAAGAUGUUGGAAGUGAUCAAAUUAAGAUAUUCACAGGGAACUCUAAUUACAAUACAGAGAAGCGUAAUACGUUACGUGACACUUUUGUGACGCUCUACUUGAGGGUCUACCCACUUUCCUUUUACAAUGACAUGUGUCUUAGACUUGAGAUUUAUGGGUGUCUGGACGAGAAAGAAUCUUGCACCAAAAUUGAAUCCCAAACAGAUGGUGACAUUCUUUCCCCAAACUACCCCCGUCCCUACCCCCCAGAGACCGACUGCACCUGGAUCAUCACCCUCCCUGACAAAGCCAAGCAAGUCGCCGUCAUCUUCAAGGACUUUGACGUCCAAGAAGCGCAUGCCUCAGGAGAGUGUACCGCUGACCAGGUGGAGGUACUUGACGGCCCACUCGACACCUCCACUUCUAUUGGUCGAUACUGCAACGGCAAGUCGCUGAGCCCCGCCAUGACGACAGGAAACACUGCUAGGAUCCAGUUUCAUUCUGGUUUUGACAGCAAACCUAGAAAAGGCUUCCUGGCUAGUUUUCUCUCCUUUACACAAGGCGUAGACCCUGUAAAGACAACAAGUGGAUGUCACGGCAGCUCUGUCACGCUCGACUGCUCUGUCACGAAACACUCCAUCCAAAUUCUUCACGUCCAUUAUGGGGCCUACCCAUACUCCUCAGCGUGCGGUGGUGGUGCUAUAUCGAACAAGACAUGUCAAGGCCGUGAUGCUGUCACGGAAGUCAUGUCACGCUGUCAGUAUCAUCAUUCAUGUGUCGUUGAUGUGUCGGGACACGCAUUUAAUGUGAGCUGUGGAGAAGUUAAGCCGAGACUGGAAGUCUAUUAUCAGUGCAAUGGGAAAGAAUUAAGGACUACAGCCUCCCCGACCACGAUUACCACAGUACCACCAACCACAGCCACCACCCGAACCCCACCCUCCCCUCCCAUACCUUCAACCCCCUUACCCAGAUCUGGCCCGCCCGCUACCGUGCCUUCUACGGUCCCCCCCACGGACCUCGUGGUGUCAGAGGUGGUCACCUACCCGUACACCGCGACACCAUCCAUGCAAACGCAUAGCGAGUUUCAGGCCAGGGGUGGGGGCGAGGGGGGUGAUGCCCCCCUGAUUAUUGGACUGGGCGUGGCUAUCACGUUCGUUGCCGUGGUAACUGUCAUUGUUGUGGCAGUUUUCCUCUGCCGACGCAGGCGGCGCCAGUACAAGGGCUCUUCAGUUCCCGAUGUGAUUUUCUCGCCUGAAGAAUUGCCAAAAAACGGGUUUCCCUCGGGAUCUUCUCGAAAAAACGACUACGAGACAGUUAACAUAUUGUACGAGAGUGCGGACAGCUGUCCCCAAAGUGGCAAACACCCCGCGGCUGGAGUAGAAUAUUCACCCCUAUACAGGCCUGAACCUUUGCCGGGGAUCAUUGAGAACCCAUUGUACGAAUGUUCUGGCCCAAGUCAUGGUUAUGAGAGUGUUGGACCCACCACUAGCCCCAGCUCAAGCUCUCCAGUCUAUGACAGCCCACUGACAGUCAUCAAGAACCCUGCAGCCUCGAUCACGAACCCCAACUAUGACAAGAACGCCAUCGACAUACCGCUGGCAUGAUCAGCCGGAGACAAGCAAUCAUACCCUCACCAUAACGGGCACCAAGGUGAAAGUGCUUCAAUCCUCUGUAUGGUUCAAACACAACGAUACCUCAAUAGUACGACCAAUGAAGUGAACAAAACCUUUAUCGGUUUGUAAACAUCUGAGUUCUGAAAAAUUCCUUUUAAAGGAUACUGAAUUAAACGAAAGAGGCCAUUAGAAUAGGGCAGGGAUUGUUUUGGUUAAGUUCUUCUAUAAUCCAUAAGCCCUCCCCAAUGUGGGAUUCUACUAAAUGCAAAUGAACAAAGGCGAUCUUUAUUCCCCGUUAUUUGUACGGCUUAUGGAUAAGACUUUGAAACUCGAUGAUUAUAACGCAGCGGUGACUGUAGUGGUGCAGGCAUUGGCGAGGGCCAGAGAUGAUGGUGUUUAAUAAGGUGUACAUAAUAUGUGUUCGUCACCCUAGCCCCAGGCCUUCUUACCGGUUUUUCUGUCCUUGGAGAUGAACUGUGGGGAAGGUUGGGGUCUGGGGCGAGCUCACCCAUCUCGGGAGAUGGUUUCCUGUGACGUCACAACUCUUUCAUUCCACAGGAAGCCCAAAAAGGAACCCGAGUAAGAGCGCCUGGGGCUCGACUGUGUAUUCAGGUUUAUUAAUACAGAAGCCUAUUGUUUGUGAUAAUGAUAGUGUUUCUGAUAUGGUAAUAAUGAUAGUUUUAUAUUUAAUUUUCAUCAAAUAGACCUAGUGCGAGCCUGGUAGACGGCUCCCCAAUGGUUUUAUCACAAAAAAUACUAUUUUUAGGGUCUCGAGAUUUGAGUUGAUAAAAAUAGCAAGAACGUGAGAGGGGGUCUCUUGCUUAUUGCGCACCACAGGAAUCCUGAAACUCCUGAAAUAGUAAUUUCCUUCUUUAUAAAUAGUGUAAAAAAUGUCCGUCAAUCAAAUGGCCAGCGCUUAAGUGGUUUCCUAUAACGCCAGGUAACUGCAGAGAACGGUCGGAAUACGCCUAUGUCCAGCGGGCAUUCGAUGGCGAUAAUAACAUAUUGCAUUCUUUUUUUAACCCAAGUGUCUGAGAGUCUGCACCUCUAUAUACAUGAGUAACGUGUGCUUCCGUAGCCACCAAGUCGGCAUGUGAUAACUAGCAAUUUAAAGUGUCUCAAAAAUGCUACAGUAUUCGCCAUUCUUACGAUGGGCAACGAUGGGCAUGUUGAUGUUAUACUGAAUGAAAACUGGAAAAUGCUUAGGGUUUUGUAAUUCUCCCGGAAUAUCUUCGUUAGUUAAAUUCACAAGAUCAGCAUUGGUAUCUUUAGACGCCAUGUUCAAUAUUUCAUUUCCGAAUAGGCCAUUCCAGCUAUAAUUUUGCGCGCGCCUAACCAUAGAAACCUACCGCAACUACCAGAAUGCAGCGCGCGUUUUUUAAGCUCACAUCAAACAAAGCGCGCGCUGCAUGACGGUAGUUGAGGUACGUUCCUAUGGUGAGUGCGCGCGCAUGCUUAUAGCUGGAAUGGCCUAUUACGCUAGACUGCUCUUAAGGGUGUACUGACAUUAGUGUUGCAAAAAAUAUGCGUUUCAAGUUCCCAAAAAUUGACUUUAAGUUGAUCUCAGCCUUUUCGGGUUAUGAUAAUUCCCAUAUUUUGUAAAAACGGAGAUUCAGCGAAGAUUUAGUCAAGCCAACCUUUUUGAAGCCAAAGUUUUCAAUUUUCACUACCUUUGCGAGCUGCAAACACCGGUUGCAAACGCUCGCGCACGCACUGAAAAUCUUAUUUCAAAGUAGCGCGCGCUGUAUCAGAAUUUUAAAAUACUUUUUCAAUUUCCAUCAUGACAUGACGGAUAUCGCUCCUUUGAAGUGUAAAUACCACGAAAAACUAUUGGGAUUUGACUUUAAACUUCAUUUCAAUUUCAUCAUGUGAGACAUCAGUGUCUGAGCAGGCCGAAUGAGUACGCGCGGGCUUUGUUUCACUUCCGGUUCUGCGUUUUCUAAAAAAAGCUUUUUUUUGUCGCCAAAUUAUUUCAAAACGCAAUAUUUUUUCUGUAUUCCUUUUUAUUAAAAUCUUCUUCAUAUAGCCAAGCAUGGAUUUAGCGUUAAUCUAACAGAAACCAAAAUUAUAUCAAAUAAUCUGGAUUUCAGGACCUUUAAAAAAUUAUACAAACAAUUACUCAAUAAUUUCUAAAACGCAUGCUUGGCUUAAUGCACUCAUCCCUCAAGAUUCAUAAAACCUAUUCAAUUUUUGUUUUCGAGCAAUUUUACUUGAAAUAUUUGCUUUUAUCUAUAUCUAUGACGUCACAUCAUGACGUCACGGGGUAGCGUCAUCAUUAUAGUCAGCACGUUUUUGUUGGUCAACUUGGCAAAUAUCACACCCUUAUAACUUUCUACAAGGCUUUUAUGCUAUAUUCAAUUUUCCUUAGCAACAGAUGUCAGUACACCCUUAAAAGAAAAGCUUUAAAUAGAGGCCCUGUGCCAUUCUGUUACAUUUACUGUAGUUUUAGCACAGGACCUCGAUUUGAAGCUUUUCUGUAAACACGAGUCUCUGCCAUAAAAGGGAUAGCUCCUCCCACCCCCGGGCUCAAAUUUGCAAUUAUUGUCAGAACACUGCCACGCUAGCAGUCACUAAUUAUAAGCCUCCUGUAAAAUUCUCUGAGCCUCAGUCGGUUGGAAUAAAACUAUUUUUGCAAGGUAACAAGACAGUUGAAGCAGUCGAGCAUAAUUCGGAAAUGAGCUAUUGCGACCCUAAAACCGUCCCAGCAUGCUGUUCGCUUAUCAACUCGACCCAAUCUCCUGCGCAGCGUAAGAAUGGUCAAUACUUUAUAAUAAAAAAAGGCAGAAGACCAGCCUGGUCCAUGGCGUUGUUUGGGUUUUCUGUGGUCGUAGAUGGACCAAGGGGAUUGCAAGGGACCUGGGACGCCUCAUCACACCCACUACAGGAAACCCAAUCAGAUGCCAAGGACUAAUUUGGCAGAUGCCCCCCUACUGUGUGGGGGUGUCGGGUCUAACAAGGCUGUCAAUCAAGGCUGUGUUUCUCGUGAUAUGAUUUUAUUUAAACUGUAAACAAAUAUUUAAAAAUUUAUAACGCGUUAAUAAAAGUGAAUUGUUUCUG